GCCGUUCAACGUUACAAACCGAUAACACUUCAUCUGGCAACACUCGAUACGUGGAAGACAAUCUGUCAAAUAACAACGGAAAAGGCGAAGAAAAAGUAGGUCGAGAAGAAGUAAAGUUGAUGUUAAAGUGAAAGGUGGUUUCUUUGAAAGUGAGUUGAAUUUAAUUAAUUAUAUUGAUUUCGCAAAGCAUAUAGUGCGUAGGAGACUUAAAAACUUGAAUUCGUAAGUACGGAACUGAAAUGUAGAAAUUACAAUAACAUCUAAAACUUAGCCUAAUAUCACAGAUACUCAUCACAGCGAGAUUGCACUUAACCUAGUAUCACAGAUAAGUCGCAUUUGUUGAAGAAUUAUAUUGCUAUCGAAUACUGUAAAAUAGAACUGAAUUCCAAUCUUUAGGAGGUUGCAAGAUAGGACACCAAUUAAUCUUUGAUCUGCUAUCACCUGAUCCAAAGAGUGUUCUUUCAAGUUCCGAACAUAAAUCAAAGAUUAAUUGUUCAAUUGGAAUACCCUUUAGAGAUGGAAGAUUCAUCCGCUGAUAAUCAUUGCAUGCUCUGCCAAGACCCGAACGGAGCAGAUAAUAUGGUACAAUGUGAUACCUGCUCGUUGUGGACUCAUUUUCGCUGCGCUGGUGUUACCGAUGAAAUUAAAAAUUGUUCAUGGAAUUGUGCUAAAUGCUCAAAUCAAUUGCGCUUGCCAAAGCAAACUAAAAAAUCUAUAAAAAAGGGAGUUUCCAAAAGCGACGGCGGAUCCGUAAGAAGUACAGUGUCAGCAUUGAAUGCGUCACUGCGACAGUUGGAAGAAGAACACUUAAUGAAAGAAAAGGUACAGGAUGAGGAAUACCUGUUACGGGAAAAAGGGUUUGGAAUUGGAGCGUAUGCUUAAAGAAAAGGAGCUGUUACACGAAAAGCAGAUUCAGGAAAAGAAGAGAAAACUGGAUCGAGAGAUCCAAGAUCGUUUAUUGGAACAUGAGCAAGAAAUGUUUGAAAAACGCCUGGCGGAUGAGGCCGCGUUUCAAAAAAGACGACAAAAUUUGCAUGAACAGUUUCAGAUACGCAUGAAAACUGUAAGGAAACUUUCUGCUGGCGAGGGAGCCGUGGGGGGUGUCUCGGAUAAGAAUAACGACAAAGAGCUAUCCAGCAGGAAGAAAGUUCAGCUCUGGUUGAGUGAUCAAAAUGAGUCUCAGGAAAGCGAAGGUAAAGAUGAAAUUAAUGAUACGAAAGGAAAAUUUUCGGAAAAAAAGAUCGGGAAAUUAGUAGGAAGAAAGCAGAGUACGUUAUCGGAAAUCAUUAAAUUAAUAGAGGAAAAUGAUGAAAACACGAGUCAGUCCGACGAAGAGGAUAAGGGCGACGAAAGGUUGAUGGAAGAAAACGAGCAAAACGGGCUGGGGCAGAAAACUAAAUGGCCUCUGGACAUACCAGAGAAUGACGUAUUUAGCAAGGAAGAACUUGAAAGAUUCGCGAAAUUAUUGAAGAUUCAUAAAAGGGCUGGACAGGCAGGCCUUAGUAUUACGAAAGAGCAACUAGCUGCACGCCAAGCUAUAUCCAAACAUUUACCUACAUUUAAAGGAGAACCGGAAGUUUGGCCUAUGUUUAUCAGCAGUCUGGAGUAUACCACCAAGGCCUGUGGUUUUACUAAUUUAGACAACCUGAAACGCCUGCAGGAUAGUUUACAGGGAGAUGCACUAGAGGCAGUGAAAAGUCGGCUUCUUCUACCCGAAUCCGUACCAGACGUCAUUAACGAUCUGCGGGACUUAUUUGGAAAGCCCGAAAAGUUAUUGAAAAGUCUGCUUAUGAAAGUUCGCAAAGCACAGGCACCGAGAGUGGAUCAACUAAAUACAUUUGUUCAUUUUGGAAUAACCGUAAAACAGCUAUGUGACCAUCAUGAGGCGGCGAAGAUGUCCGAUCAUCUCAAUAAUCUCAUGCUGGUGCAGGAAAUAGUAGACAAGCUUCCUCCAAGCUAUAAGCUAGAUUGGGUCCGUUUCAGACGAAAUAAGAAUGGCACACCCCUUCGAAUUUUCACAAAUUUCAUGAACGGUAUAGUCUCUGAUAUCUCUGAGAUAUCGGAAUUAUCGCCAGGCGAAUCGAAUGAAGUAUCCCGUUUUAAUAAAAUGCGCCCGAAGAGAGAAUUCAUGCAUAUGCAUACCUCAAUGACGGUAGGAAAGGACCCGUACUCGUAUAAGAAAACUAGUCUAUUUUGUUGGUUUUGCAAAAAUGCCGAUCACAAAAUACGAUUCUGCGAAGACUUCAAGCGAUUGAAAGUCCCGGAGCGCUGGACGGUAGUAGAACAGUUUAAUUUGUGUACACUUUGUUUGAACAAUCAUGGAAGGAGUAGAUGCAAUUUCAAGCUACGAUGCAAUGUAGGCGCCUGUCAAGGGAAUCAUCAUCCACUGCUCCACCGCUCUAUCGAACCAGUACCGAUGCUGGAAGCUGAAUGUAAUACUCAUACUCGCCUAAACCGUUCGGUAAUAUUCCGCAUGCUGCCGAUUACCAUCCACGGGGAUAGCGUCAAACUAGAUGUCUUGGCGUUUUUGGACGAAGGAUCCUCGGUCACCCUGGUAGAAGAAGAUGUAGCUGAUCAGUUAAAGCUAAAAGGGCAUCUUGAACCCUUGAUUGUUACCUGGACUGGAAAUGUCAAACGCUAUGAGGACCAUUCGAGGAAGGUUGAUUUUACGGUGUCCGCGAGUGGAUCAACUGAAGAAUUCCCGUUGCUAAAUGCGCGCACGGUCAAACAGCUUGUAUUGCCAAAACAGGAGGUGAAAUUCCAGGAAAUCGCUGAAAGGUAUCCUAAUCUACGGGACCUACCAGUUAGCGACCACGCCCUCGAAGAACCAAAGAUAAUGAUUGGAUUAGACAAUUUACACAUAUUCGCACCAACGGAAUCACGAAUUGGUGAAGUGGGCGAACCAAUCGCAGUGAAGUCGAAGCUAGGGUGGACUGUGUAUGGACCAUUGAAACAAACUACGGCUCAGCACAUGUAUGCUAAUAUGCACGAUUCACCAGUGGUUAGCAAUCAGGAGCUCCAUAAUAUUUUGCGAAAUCAAUUCGUGCUGGAUGAAGCUGGAAUCUCGGGCGUAAUGCCGGAAUCAAUCGAAAUCGAACGAGCUAGAACUAUUCUAAAACGUACCACUAAGCGAAUAGGAUAUCGAUUCGAAACUGGCCUGCUUUGGCGUACAGAUCUUCGACGAUUUCCGGACAGCUAUCCGAUGGCUGAAAGACGAAUGAAAGCAUUGGAAAGAAAGUUGGCGAAGGAUCCGGAUCUAUUAUCCCAAGUAGAUCAGCAAAUAAGAGACUACGAAGCUAAGGGUUACACGCACAAAAUAACUGAUAAAGAGCUGUUUGAAACCGAUCCGUCGAAGGUUUGGUACCUCCCGUUAAAUGUAGUACGGAAUCCCCGAAAACCAAAAAAACUACGCCUGGUAUGGGAUGCAGCAGCGACAGUGCAAGGAAUAUCGCUGAAUUCGGAACUAUUGACGGGACCUGAUAUGUCAACGUCUCUUCCCGGAGUGAUUCAACGCUUCCGAGAGCGGCGUUACGGUUUUGGAGGUGAUAUCAAGGAAAUGUAUCAUCAGCUUCGAAUCAAAUCUGAGGACAAACAAGCUCAGCGGUUCCUGUAUCGUUUUGACUCCUCAGGGCCAUCGCAAAUCUACGUGAUGGACGUAGCAACGUUCGGCUCAACGUGCUCACCCUGCUCAGCUCAGUUCGUGAAAAACAAGAACGCCGAAGAUUUUGCAGAACUGUAUCCGGAUGCCGUGACAGCAAUUAUCAAAAAACAUUACGUCGACGAUUAUUUCGAUAGCGUUGAAACUAUCGAUGAAGCGGUUAAGCGAGCACGCGAAGUAAAGUUUAUUCAUUCUCAAGGAGGAUUUGAAAUCCGGAACUGGGUCUCUAAUUCCAAAGACUUUCUACGAGAAAUGGGAGAGCAACACUCAAACCAAUCCAUACACUUUCACCAGAACAAAGACACUGAAAUUGAAAGGGUUCUGGGUAUAGUGUGGGAUCCAGAAAGAGACGUUUUCUGCUUUUCGGCAACGCCGCCAGCGAAGGUGCAGGCUAUGCUCCAGAGCUUGGAACGUCCAUCAAAAAGGGUCGUUCUCAGUUGUGUGAUGGCUAUGUUCGAUCCUCUGGGCCUUCUUGCACCAUUCACGAUCAUGGGAAGAAUGCUCGUGCAGGAUUUGUGGCGAACUGGUUGUGAGUGGGAUGAUCCGAUUGACGAUGAGUCAUUCGAAAAAUGGAUAAAAUGGACGAACAUGUUAACGGCGGUCGCAAAAAUCCAAAUUCCUCGUAGUUACUUCGGUGAUGCUGAAUCAAAUCAAAUGGAAAACCUUCAAUUGCACAUCUUCACUGACGCCAGUGAGACCGCAUACGGUUGUGUGGCAUAUUUCCGUGUCGAAGUUAAUGGAGAGGUGAGAUGUGCGCUAGUAAUGAGCCGCAGCAAGGUGGCACCGCUCAAAAUGCUGACAAUUCCUAGACUCGAGUUGCAAGCGGCAGUCUUAGGGGCCAGGUUGGCGGAAUCCAUUCGACGUAAUCACAGUAUAGAGAUCAAACAGCAGUUCUUGUGGACAGACUCAAGGAACGUUUUAUCGUGGAUCAAGUCCGAUCAGCGUCGAUACCGGCAAUUCGUGGGAUUUCGUAUUGGUGAUAUUCUAAGUCACUCUAGCGCAACAGAUUGGAGAUGGCUUCCGACAAUGGAUAAUGAAGCAGACCGCGUGACAAAAUGGAAGCUUGGGAAGAGUAUACACUCCGACAGUUCUUGGUUUAAGGGAGCAAGAGUGCUAUUCUACCAUCAAAAUGAGUGGCCAAAGCAGCCUGUAAUUCCUGCAAACACCAACGAAGAGUUAAAAGCACACUUGCUUGUUCACGACGUUACUUUAUCCAAAGUGCUGGUAGAUUUUCGUCGCAUUUCAAAGUGGCGGAUUUUAGUUCGGAUGGUUGCGUGCGUGUUUAGGUUUAUUUCUAACUGUCGACGGCGAAUUAGCGGUCAAGCGAUCGAAACACUGAAGGCAACAAAAGCACAAGCAAGGUCAAUUCAAAUGGUGAAUUGGCAGACGGAGCGUGCUCCCUUGAAGCAAGAAGAAUUCCAGAAGGCGGAAUACACUCUAUUUAAAAUAGCACAAUAUGAAGCAUUUGGGAACGAAUUGAAAGUGUUGAUGCACAAUCGUGGCUUACCAACGGCUCAAUGGAUAACUGUAGAAACAUCCAGUCAACUGUAUAAACUAACUCCACUUGUUGAUGAAAAUGGAUUGGUGCGUUUAGAAGGAAGAACAAGACACGCUGAAUAUCUACCGUUUGAUCUUCGGUUUCCAAUUAUUUUACCAAAGGAGCAUCAGUUAACCAUUAUGCUCGUGCAGUACUACCACGAAAAGUUUGGCCAUGGUUAUCGGGAGACUGUGAAAGCUGAAAUAAAGCAAAGAUUCUUUGUGCAUGGUAUUGUAGGAAUUAUUCGGAAGGUAGCUGCGACAUGCACGUGGUGUCGAGUUAACCGUAAUCGCCCACAUACACCGAGAAUGGCACCACUGCCGGUUCAACGGCUGAUCCCAUAUCUACGUCCAUUUAGUUAUGUGGGUCUGGACUAUCUAGAGCCUUUUGAAGUGUCAUCAGGUCGUCGUAGCGAGAAACGCUGGAUCGUCCUUUUUACCUGUCUGGUCGUUCGCGCGAUUCAUUUGGAGAUUGCACACGGUCUUACAACGCAGGCAUGUCUAAUGGCAAUCCGAAGGUUUGUUUGUCGUCGUGGACCACCUCUGGAAUUUAUUUCGGAUAAUGGGACCAACCUCAGAGGUGCGAGUAGAGAGCUUGAAAAUAUAAUCAAGAGUAUUAAUGAAGAUUGUGCCGACGAGUUCACGGGCGCUCGAUUGAAAUGGAGUUUCAAUCCUCCCGCCUCUCCUCAUAUGGGAGGCGUCUGGGAGAGGCUUGUUCGAUCAGUUAAAGAAACUUUGGGUGUUUUAAAUGACGGCAGGAGAUUAACAGAUGAGAUCCUUCAAACAUCGAUCAGUGAGGCAGAAGAUAUGAUCAACUCAAGACCUCUAACGUACGUGUCACAGAUAGACGAAGUAGAAACUUUGACUCCCAACCAUUUUCUUCGCGGAAUGUCGCCAAACGAAUCUCAUCUUACACCUCCGCCUCCCCAUGCGGCAGAAGCACUGCGAAAUGCCUAUCAACGGUCACAGCAAUUGGCUACUCAGCUAUGGGAUCGCUGGAUUAAGGAAUAUCUCCCGACGCUUAAUCAACGAUCAAAGUGGUUUAGAGACACGAAACCAUUACAAGUUGGAGAUCUCGUAUAUAUAGUUGAAGGAGACAAGCGGAAACAAUGGAUACGAGGUUUGGUCGAAGAAUUAAUCGUAUCUAGCGACGGGCGAGUACGUCAAGCAUGGAUUCGGACGAAAACGGGAAUGUAUAAACGAGCUACAGCAAAGUUGGCCGUUCUGGAAGUUAGGGAUAGUAACACUGAUCAAGAUGCACUCAUCGAACCAGGAUUACGGGCUGGGGAAUUGUUACGUACAACUCCGCUGGGCCGUUCAACGUUACAAACCGAUAACACUUCAUCUGGCAACACUCGAUACGUGGAAGACAAUCUGUCAAAUAACAACGGAAAAGGCGAAGAAAAAGUAGGUCGAGAAGAAGUAAAGUUGAUGUUAAAGUGA